UACUAAUUACUUGAAGCUAGCAAGUUAGGCCAUGGAGAGGCAGCACAUCCUCCUGGUCGUGGCGGUGCUGGCCAUAGGCGGCAUUGCCAUGGUGCAGGCCGGCGGGGCCGUCCCCUUCACGGAGAAGGACCUGGAGACAGAGGCGAGCCUGUGGAAGCUGUACGAGAAGUGGCGCGGCGUGCACACGGUGUCACGGGACCUCGCGGAGAAGAAGGCCAAGUUCGAGGUGUUCAAGAAGAACGCCGCGUACGUGCACGAGUUCAACGGGCGCAAGGACAAGACCUACAAGCUCGGCCUCAACAGGUUCGCCGACAUGACGCUCGAUGAGUUCAAGAAGAAGUACACGGGCGCCAAGCCCGUCAACCGCAAUGCCGUGAAGCCCAAGUACAUGGGCUCCAAGGUCGCUGACGGUGACGUGCCAGACUCGUUCGACUGGAGAGACUAUGGCGCCGUCACCCCUGUCAAGGACCAAGGGCAGUGCGGGAGUUGCUGGGCCUUCUCGGGCACGGAGUCGGUGGAAAGCAUCAACGCCAUCGUGACCGGGAACCUCUUGUCGCUUUCCGAGCAGCAGGUACUCGACUGCUCCGGCGCCGGCAACUGCGAAGACGGUGGCCAGACGUCCGGCGUGUUCGAGUACGCCAUGCAGACCGGCCUUGCUUUGGACUGCAACUACCCACCCUACGAAGCCGCGGACGACCAGUGCAGGAUCGACUAUAGCAAGACCCCGAUGGUGAAGAUCGACGGGUACGACGCGGUGCCGGCGAACAACGAGCAGGCGCUCAAGUACCGGGUGUACCUGCAGCCAGUGUCCGUCCACAUCGAGGCGAGCUACGACCUGAUGCUGUACCAGGAGGGGGUGUUCGCCGGCGACUGCGGGACGUAUCUGGACCACGCGGUGGUGGCGGUCGGCUACGGCGUGACACAGGAUGGCGUGCGCUACUGGAUCGUCAAGAACUCGUGGGGUGAUCAGUGGGGCGAGGGAGGAUACAUCCGGAUGAUCCGCGACAUCGGCGCCAAGGAGGGCAUCUGCGGCAUUGCCAUGUACCCCAUCUACCCCAUCAAGAACUGCCCAUGCAGCCCUGCUAUCGGCGACAGUGCUGCUGCUCAUCCCAAACGUGCCGGUGUCGCCAAGGAUGAGCUCUGA